AUGUAGUUAGUUUGUGCACGUAUUUCAAGAUGGUCGCAGUAGUUUUAACUAAUUUGUGUUUAUAUUGUUUGUACGUUGGUACUUGGGAGAACCCAAUUCCUCCAGUAACGUUUGACGUCACCACGAAUGCAACGAAUCCGGUGAGGGUUGGCGACGUCGUGGAGUAUAAUUGUACUGCUCACGACUUAUUCAGGCCAGAAUCUACCAUCGUUUGGAAGCAGGCACAAGGCUCAGUAGAACGCAGAAUGAUAGCGGGUCAUAACGGACUGGUUUGGCGGAAGACAAUUCAGUCUUCAGACCAUGGUACAGAGGUCUUCUGUGCAGCCUCGUUCUUUAGGAAAAGAGCGGAUAGACCAGGACAGUUGAACACAUUCUAUGCGUUUUCGGAUAAGAUACCUAUACAGGUCGAAGGGGGAUCACAAGCCAUAGAAAAAAAAAGUAAAGAGAAAUUAACGUUGAGCGUGCGGCCAGCAGCCAGUUCCUAUAAAGCUGGUGACUACGUCGAGUAUACGUGCACAGCUGAGAACAUGCGCUACCCGGUGAUCGACAUACGACAGCGGCAGGGUCACAUAGAAAGGCAGGUCUAUGUCGGUUACCAAGCGGGAGGAUACCGGUGGAAGGGGCACAAUUUGACGGAAUCCGAUAAUGGCAGCGUCAUAUACUGCCAAGCUUGGCAGCUAGACAGUCGAUACAACAGCUAUGCCUUCAAUGGCGAACCUUUUACCUUAAAUGUGCAUUGAUUUGACAAUAACAUACGCAUAACACCAAAUUAACGGGGAGUUUUCCAGUUAGUUCCAUCCGGGGCUCUCUUUUAGAGAUAAGUCCACCUUUUGUACCUUUUGUUUUAUUUUUUGUUUUUGUCAUUAAUCAUGUAUUAAUAUGUACAAUGGCCCCGAUUCCUGCAGACACCGCCUAAUUUUAUUUUAAGUUAUAUCCGUCAUUUUCAUAUCCGUCGAAAAGGAAAGGGACGGAUGAUUCACAGCUCUUAAUUUUAGGAAGAAUGAGUAAAUGAAUGAAUAACCCGGGCGAAUCAAAAGGUACGUCGCUGGUAUGCAAUCCGUUUGACAUGCUGUCUACUAACUGUGUCGGGUUAUUGACGGAUGUAAAAUUUUUAGACGGUUGGUUUAGAUUUGUGCUUAAAAUUGACGUGUGUUCCAUAAAUUUUAUGCUUGUCGAUUACCCGUCCCUUUCCUUUUCGGCGGAUAAGAAAAUGACAGAUAUAACUUAAAAUAAAAUUAGAUGGUAUUUACAGGAAUUAGCACCAUUAUAGAGUAAAUUUAGUUCCAACAUUAUGAGAUCCAGAGAUGGCGUUAACAUCAUUUUAGGAAAACUUUUGUAUGGGAUUUGGGAUGAUAUUUAACAUCUUGUAAAAGCUUCUUAAAUAAAUAGAAAAAAGAUA